AUGCUCGGCAGAAAUAUCCUGCCCAUUCAUCUCCACAUCCUCAACAUUCUGACUCUCAGACUCAUCUGUCUCAUCCCCACUCAGGCCCUCAAUAUCUUCCAUGCAGACAACAUCUGGUGCUUGGCUCUUAUAAAGUCAGCUUUGGUCGGGUGGACUGGAUCCUUGGGGUGUGGUUUGCGUCUGCCAGUUUUGGCGACGCUGGGGUCCAGGAACAAGCCCAGGACGCUGCAGGACGUGUGUGCGGACUGCGGGGCGGCAGAGCCAGGCUGGGCAUCAAUCAACCGUGGGAUUCUCAUAUGUGACGAGUGUUGCAGCGUCCACAGGUCAUUAGGCAGGCACAUCUCUCAGGUCAAGUCGCUUAAGAAAGGAACAUGGAAUCCUGUACAACAUGCACUGGUGCACACACUGUACAGCAGUGGUGCAAACAAUAUCUGGGAACAUACGCUCCUGGACCCCAGCGUCGCCAAAACUGGCAGACGCAAACCACACCCCAAGGAUCCAGUCCACCCGACCAAAGCUGACUUUAUAAGAGCCAAGCACCAGAUGUUGUCCUUCGUUUACCGGCCGUCAAGAGAAGACGUAAGUGAAGAUGGGGAUGUCAGCCGACAGCUUCAUUCCAGUGUGCGAACCUCCAACCUCGAAACCUCAUUACGGCUCCUGUCCCAAGGAGCUGACCCAAAUUAUUAUCAUAAGGAAAAAAAUUGCUGUCCCCUCCACGUAGCUGCUCGAGCGGGGCAGGCGUCUCAGGUGGAGCUGCUGAUGGUGUACGGGGCGGACCCAGGGGCAUUUGACGGCCAGGGAAACACACCUGCUCACUAUGCAAGCGAGGCCAAUCAUUUAGACUUAGCAGACCACCUAGUAGAGAGUCAGUAUGAGCUGACGGACAGGUUGGCCUUCUACCUCUGUGGGCGGAAACCUGACCACACCCUUGGGCAGCACUGGAUCAUCCCUGAGAUGGCCGACUCCUUGGACAUGUCAGAUCUGGCCAAGGAAGCGAGAGUUAAGCUUCAGCAUUUGCCUAACCAUCUGUUUGAGGAACUGGCGUGCGAUGUGUAUGACGAGGUUGACCGACGAGAAACAGACUCUAUAUGGCUGUCUUUACAAAAUCAAAGUGCUCUGGUCAGUGAUCGCUGCACUGUGCCGUUCCUCCCAGUUAACCCAGAGUUCUCCUCCACCAGAAAUCAAGGACGUCAAAAGCUAGCAAGAUUUAAUGCAAGAGAAUUUGCCACGCUUAUAAUAGAUGUCCUCUCAGAUGCCAAGAGGCGACAGACGGGAAUAUCUUCACCAAGUGGAACUCCAAAAGAUAAAGACUUCGGUGACGUGACACUGCCUAACUCUCCUAAAGUAAACCUGCACAACAACAAUGCCCUGAGCUUAAACCAGAGAUUAAUCAAUCCCACCGCUGCCACCACAUAUACUGGCUAUACCUUGGCCAGUAUUUUACUUACACUGUUCAGGCUAGUCUUCCGUCUUUGCUAUUGUGCUACGUAUGUAGCACAAUGUUAA